UGGAAGAAGAACCUCAGCAGUUAAAAUAGAUGUUUAUCAAAUAAUGUCUAAUGUUACAACUAAUCAGGGAUCCUUUUAAUAUUUGGAGACAAACCAGUUCAAAAUGGCCACCAAAGCUGAUUGUCAUUAACUACCACAAUUUAUUUAUUUGUUUUUUUUCUUAAUCUGUGUCAAAGAUACUGAGACAGAUUUUGUGUGACCUGACUUUAUUUCCCAACAUUUUGAUAACCUGUAUUGUUAUUUUUGUGCUGAAGUGUGUUUUACCAUUUUGCAUGCAUUUUUUUUGGACAAUCAAAGUAAACAUCCUGAACAAUGAUUGGUCAGUAAGUAAUGAAUUUGACUUACUAAUGCAUUCAUACAUACAGUAUUGUGUUAUUGUGUUUAGUCCAUUAUUUUGCUGCUCAAAUUGGCUAAAAUCAUCCCACAUAAUCUCUUCUAUUGAUGGAUGGUUUUGUGGCUCAAAUGUUUUUUUUUUCUCUGUACAUUCAGUGUGAACUGCAGGACAACAGGGACCAGUGAAUCAUGUUCCAUUUGCAGGGAUUUAUGUGUUCAAUAACUGAGAGAGUUGUGUUGUUCCACCCUGAGGACUUCAUUAUAAAAGAGUAAUCACUAAUACUUUACUAAAUGGACCUCCUUCAGGUCCCCUGUUGUCUUUUGUACAGUGGCACAUUUCUUCAACUCUUUGGGGUUUUUCCAGCUGGUGACCUUGAGGUGUAUAUAAGGUCCAAAGAGUCGUGUCCCACCGAUGACUAGCCGAGACACCGCAAAGAGAGAAAACCAAACCACGGUCGAGACGAAGCCCUCUUCUGUUUUGGGAGCCUCACCUGCAAACAGCAUCGGUCUCCAGCUUCAGAUCAUGGACACGGCUGCAGUAGUGACUCUUCUGGCUCUGAUCAUGACGAUGGCUGGAGUCAGCCAGGCUCUUCGAGUCCAAGCCGGUUUGGAUAAAAUUGACUUCCAGCCCGGCAGCUCUGAGGAGAAGAUGGCUGAUCGCCUGCUGGGGCUGGAGGGUGAAAGCAGAGACGUCGCUGAUCAUCUGCUGGCCUCGGUGUUAAGAUCUUUGCUGCUGGGAUCCCAGAGAGGAAGCAGGGAAUCUGUUCUCCACCAGCCACAGAG